UGUCUUCGUUUACUCUGCUUCUUCUUCUACUAGUAGUCUGUUUCGAAGAGGAGACAUCAAACAUGGGUGGUUCUGUGAAGGAUCUGAAAUCAAAGGGGGAGCUUGAUGAAGUGCUCCGCCAGGGCUCACCAGUUAUUCUUCACUUUUGGGCGUCAUGGUGCGAAGCGUCCAAGCAUAUGGAUCAAGUCUUUUCCCAUCUCGCCACCGAUUUUCCCAACGCUCAUUUCUUCAGGGUUGAAGCUGAAGAACAACCAGAACUCUCCGAGGCAUUUUCCAUUUCUGCAGUUCCUUUCUUUGUCUUCUUCAAGGAUGGUAAGAACGUUGAUACAUUGGAGGGUGCAAAUCCAUCUAGUCUGGCCAACAAAGUUGCUAAAGUUGCAGGGUCCACCAAUGCUGGAGAAGCGGCUGCUCCUGCCAGCCUUGGGAUGGCUGCUGGACCUGCUGUCCUUGAAAGUGUCAGAGAGUUUGCAAAGGAAAAUGGUUCUUCCCGAAAGGAAAGCUCAUCAAUGUCAGACCAUAGUGAUCCACUCAAAAACCGUCUGCAAGAACUUGUUCAUUCACACUCGCUAAUGCUUUUCAUGAAAGGAAGCCCUGAAGAGCCUAAGUGCGGGUUUAGUCGGAAGGUCGUUGAAAUUUUAAAGGAGGAGGGGGCCAAAUUUGGGAGCUUUGACAUACUGACAGAUAAUGAGGUGCGUGAGGGAUUGAAGAAGUUCUUCAACUGGUCAACAUUUCCUCAGCUCUACUGCAAAGGAGAGCUUCUUGGCGGCUCUGACAUAGUAAUUGCAAUGCAUGAGAGUGGUGAACUGAGAGAAAUUCUUAGAGACGGAGGAGUUCUUGCAGCAGGCUCUGAGGAGGCAAAAAAGAAUGUAUCAGGAAAUGUUUCCUCCCCUAAUUCCUUGUCUGGAAAGGGUGUUGUCUCGAACUCCACUGGCUCGAGUGUGGCUGAGAAAAGGAUCACUGAUAAAGAGCCUCUUGAGGACCGGUUGAAGAAAGUGAUAUCUUCUUCUGCAGUGAUGCUUUUCAUGAAGGGUACACCUGAUGCUCCACGUUGUGGUUUCAGCUCUAAGGUUGUCAAUGCCUUAAGGGAGGAGGGUGUGAGCUUUGGGUCAUUCGACAUCCUAACAGAUGAGGAAGUGAGGCAGGGCUUGAAGACGUUCUCAAACUGGCCUACUUUUCCUCAGCUUUACUACAAAGGCGAGUUGAUUGGAGGUUGUGAUAUUGUACUGGAACUGCAUACAAGUGGUGAGCUCAAGUCUACGCUUUCCGAGUAGGCCUGUUAUUCACUCCGAAUAUAUAUUGUUCAAAUAACAUGAUGGCAACUUUCAAUUUAAAUGGUUAAUGAGUUUGCAUGAAGAUACUUGCAUAUUGGUGAUCUUAAUUUACUUUAUCCUGUGAUUUGGACACUGAUAUUCAUUGAAAGGAAUAUCAUAAAAUCUGGUCAAAUUUUUGU